AUGAACCGGCUCUGUCUGGGGUUUGAGCUCGUGUACACGCUGCAGUCUCACACGGUGGUGCACUGGGAGCAUACUCGGGUGAUGAUGAUGUUUCUCCGUGCAUUGACGUACACCUAUGGGGGCCAGGGCCAUCAUCUCCGACACAGCAAUGGUCUGUGGCUGGACUGCCGGGUUGACCCUGGCGCGGGUAAUGGCGAGCGGGUGGUGGAGGGCAUGGGUGUGGGGGAGACGUUGGACCGGUAUGGGUAUGGAUGGUUCCUGGACAAGGUGGACUGGGCCAGCAUGGUCUUCCGGGUGGCACACCGGAGCCACAUGGCAUUCAACACGCCGACGCUGCUGUCCGCCUACUCCCGACGGUAUCAGCCCCUUGUGCGAGCGCAGCGCGAUUACAUCUUCGUGCACGACAUCUUUUCGCAGAUGCAGGCGUGGCGGGAUGGGCCUCCCGCCCGGACGGCGGUGUUGUUGGAUCUGCUGGUGGAUGUCUGUCUCCAGGCGUUCCGGAAAGAUGUGUUUCGUGCGCUGCAGGCCUCCAAGCCCCAGCAGCCCAUCAAGAAGCAAGCCCUGGCAGACGCCCUGGCAGGUGCGGUGCCACUGACCAUUGUGGGUUUCCAGCGAGUUUUCCAGCGCGCCCCAGUGGAAACCGAGUUCCAGUACGUGCGCGGAUCGAAUGCCAAGGUGGGCCAUGUGCAGGUGCUCUUCAGUUGGCUCUGGGGCUGGGCUGGGGAUGGCAACCACGGGGGGGAUUGGCGGCGGAAGGGCUGGGAGCAGAAGCUGUACCGACUCCUCUUCCGGCAGUGUUUUGAAGUGAUCACGCGGGUCUUCGGGCUGGGGCAGGCUCGGGCGUGGCGGGCGACGCUCCAGUAUCGGUUUGUGCGGACGCACUGGGUGUUACCGUAUCCAAACAACCAACGCUUCUGGAGUCGUGGCACCGGACUCCAUGGAACUGGGCGGCGACGGCUGCUCACUUGGGUCAGUGUCCAUCCGGACGUGGAACGGUAUCACCGGGAGGACCCAUUGCGGGAGUGGACCGUCCCAUUAGCGGCAAUCAACCAGUUGCCCAUCCGCGGGUGGCAACGUGGUGCUCAACCGAUGGACCUCAGCGUCGAGCUUCCCACGAUUCCCAGUGACCUUGAAGUGCUGGUGGCGGCUGUCACUCGUCCCAGUCCGUCCACGCGUGCCGCUGGGUCGUCCCCACCGCCCCCCUCCGCUCAGGGCUUGCCUCUGCCUGUGAUCCGGGUUACGGCGGGACCGAUGCAGCAGCAUCUGCUUUCGUAUCACCAGGAUGAGUCCCGAGUGACGCGACUGGGCCAGCAGCAGGCGCAGCAGGAGCAGUUGGCCACGGAGCAGCUGUUGGAGCAGCUGCCUCGUGUCAGUGAGGCCUUCUGGAAGCGGGUGCAGGAAGAAUACCAGUCCAUUGCGCUCUAUCGGCGUCCUCACGUGGAACCAGCACGACCUGCGGCCACCCCUUUCCGGCAGCGGACAGUGAACCGGGGCCGUCAAUGGCUGUAUGACAUUGACCAGUGGACCAAGAAGCAUGUGCAGAAGUACCAUCGGUAUGCGCGGGCGCUCCAGGAAGCGGAGCAGCGGACGUAUGAGAUUGGACCAGGGAUGACUGCGGGAGAGUUUGAGCGGCAGCGGCAGGCGGAUGUCAGGAAAGCUCGCACUCGGCAGCGAGAUAUCCUCCGGGCGAUGGGGGAGGUUGCCAAGUGUAUUGGAACAAUAUAUAGCGACGUGGAAGAAACGGCGGCCGAUGCUGGGGCAUCUGUUGGAGGAUGCACCACAUAG